GCAUGCGCGGUGGAGCGGGCGGGGCGCGUUCCCGCGGAGGCGGCGCCUUUUGGGCUCCCGGCGGCCACCGUCGUAGGGCUCAGCUGCGAGACCGAGCGGCGGGACAGCCGGCAGCCGAGCCUAGGAAAUGAAGCUAAAGGAAAUUGAGCGAACCGCUGUAGAGGCAUGGAGUCCAGCAAACAACCACCCCAUUUAUCUAGCAACAGGAACAUCUGCCCAGCAACUGGAUGCGUCCUUCAGUACAAAUGCCACCUUGGAAAUAUUUGAGGUUGACUUCAGGGAUCCCUCUCUGGACAUGAAGCAGAAAGGAACACUUCCUGCCUCAAACAGGUUUCAUAAACUGAUCUGGGGUAACUUUGGAAAUGGGUCCCCGGAGUCCUCUGGAGUAAUCAUUGGUGGAGGGGAUAAUGGUGUACUGACGAUGUACAGUGCACACCGGAUCUUGGCUUCAAAGAGCGAUCCUGUAAUUGGGCAGACAGAGAAGCAUUCGGGGCCUGUUCGAGCUCUUGACUUCAAUCCUUUCCAGAGCAACCUUUUGGCUUCUGGAGCCAAUGAUUCUGAGAUUUUCAUCUGGGACUUGAAUAACUUCAGUGUGCCUAUGACUCCAGGGACUAAAUCACAGCCUCAUGAAGACAUCAGUGUGGUGUCUUGGAAUCGGCAGGUGCAGCAUAUUCUGUCCUCUGCUCACCCCAGUGGCAAGGCAGUGGUUUGGGACCUCAGGAAGAAUGAACCUAUCAUUAAAGUCAGUGACCACAGUAACAGAAUGCAUUGCUCAGGAAUGGCCUGGCACCCAGAAGUUGCAACCCAGCUAGUUCUUUCCUCUGAGGAUGACCGCUUGCCAGUGAUCCAAAUAUGGGACUUACGAUUUGCUACCUCACCUUUGAGCCAGCUGGAAGGACACUCUAGGGGAGUUCUGUCUGUCUCCUGGUGCCAGGCUGACCCUGAAUUGCUGUUGAGUAGCGCCAAAGACAACCGGAUCUUGUGCUGGAACCCAAGUACAGGGGAGGUGGUGUAUGAGUUGCCCAUUCGUAGUCAGUGGUGCUUUGAUGUCCAGUGGUGUCCUAGGAACCCUUCAGUCUUCUCUGCUGCCACUUUUGAUGGGUGGAUCAACAUUUAUUCUGUUAUGGGCGGGAACUUAGAAGCUCAGCAGAAGACACAGGCUGACAAGAUCUCUUCCUCCUUCAACAACCUGGAUCCCUUUGGCACAGGACAGACCCUUCCUCCUUUGCAGGUGCCAGAGCAAGUAGCUCAAACCACCUUGAUUCCACCGUUAAAAAAGCCACCCAAGUGGAUUCGCAGGCCUGUGGGUGUUUCAUUUGCAUUUGGAGGAAAACUGAUUACCUUUGGUCUUACUAAGGCUCCUGGGCAGCAAAUACAGCAGACUUACCCACACCAAGUUUUCAUCAGUCAAGUCACUACUGAAACUGAAUUUCUGCUCCGGUCCAGAGAACUGCAGAUGGCUCUGCAGUCAGGAAACCUCCUUGAUUACUGCAAAGGCAAGAUCCAGACAGCCAAGUUGAAGUAUGAGGAGAACUUGUGGAAAUUCCUAAAGGUGAACCUGGAGCAGGAAUCUCGGACUAAACUCCUCAAGCUGCUGGGCUACAGUAAAGAGGACCUGCAAAAAAAGAUCACCUCGUGUUUGAGCAAUGGAAUCCCAGAUAAACAACCCCUUCCCGAGGCAGAUGAGACAAACACUGCACAGCCAGAUCAGCUUUUGAUAAAUUCCAGUGAUGAUGUAGCUGCUGUUUCCUCCUCUUCAGCCUUUUUUGACAACCUCAUCCCACAGAAUAUGAGCAUGCUGGAGAUUCCUAUUACAGAAGAUACCGAUGGACUGAUCAGCCAAGCUCUUUUGUUGGGGAAUUUUGAGGGUGCUGUGGAGCUGUGCAUGCGGGCAGAGCGCUUUGCUGAUGCCAUCAUCUUAGCUAUUGCUGGUGGGGAGAACCUCCUGAAGGAGACCCAGAAGCGCUACUUUGCCAAGCGGAAGACAAAACUCUCCAUGCUACUUUCCUCCAUUGUGCAGCAGAAGUGGCAAGAUAUUGUUUGCACAUGUGAUCUACAGAGCUGGAAGGAGGCACUGGCCAUCUUGUUAACAUACUCAAAGCAUGAGGACUACACUCAGCUCUGUGACAUGCUGGGUUCCCGCCUAGAGUUGGAGGGAGAUGCAGCCCUGUCCAAUGAUGCCUGCCUCUGUUAUAUCUCAUCAGGCAAUGUGGAGAGGUUGGUGGAAUGCUGGGUAAAAAACCAUGAGACUUCAUCACCCCUUGCCUUGCAGGAUCUCAUAGAGAAAGCGAUGGUGCUGAGCAGGUCCAUUGAGAUGCUCCGAGGCACAGCAGGACCAGCGCCAGGCCCUGUCUUGGCAGAACAAAUCACCCAGUAUGCCAAUCUCCUGGCAUCGCAAGGAUGCUUGGCAGCUGCAAUGAAUUACCUACCCAACAGCUCUAAAGAGCUCCUAAUAGAACAGCUCCGAGACCGGCUUUUCCAUGCUCAAGGAGAGAAUGUGGGAGAUCAGCUGCCACCCCCUUUCCCUUACAAUCGUGUCAAUGUAGGUGUCAUGAAGCACACAUCUCCAGCAGCCCAGAGGAGCUCCACCCCUGAAAGAGCAGCGCACAAAACAGAUCGCAGGCAUCCAGAGAAGCCCAACUAUCAGUCAUCAUUUGCCCCUUCAGCACCCUCUCAGCCUUCAGUGCCUUCCUUCCCUCCUCAGCCAGUGCCAGCAAUGUCUGCAGCACCUCACCAUGUUGUCCCUCCCCAGACCAGCACUAGUCCACAAACAAGUGUCUAUUCCAGAGGGCCGCCGUACCCACAGUACAACUUGGGCAUGGUUCCAGCAACGGCUUCAGGGCCAGCUCUGUCACAGUCUCAGCCAUUCAGCCCAGUGGGAGCCAGACCUGUUGGUCCUACUUCCUUCCCCAGCCAGCCACCUCUGUCAGGACAGUCCAUGCCCAUGACAUCUCCUGGUGUUCUACCAUCUGGACCUACUCUGUUCACUCCGGCCUCAAUCCCAUCAUCUCAGCUUCCUGCAGCCUGUCCUCUCCCAGUGGCAAGCCAAUCUCCUCUAGGUUUUUCAUCAGCACCGUUCAGCAGCCCCAUGAACAUGGGUUACCCUCAGGGGGGUCCUGGAGCUCCAUCUACUAAGCCCCUGCCAGCAGCCAGCCUUCCUCCACCUCCCAUAGCUCAGGAAUCUUGGACUGAUCCCUCUGCUGCAAGAGGAGGCCUUCAGAAGAAAAAGCUGCCUGAGAAAUUUGCUCCUCCAGCCCCCAUCACGGCUCCAGUAAUGAGCCUGCCCACUGAGCCCCAAGGGAUCCAUCCUCAGCUCUCCAGGUUGCAAGAAUCUGGCCAGUCACCCCCAGGAGCACCCAAGGAAGGCAGCCUGCAGUAUCACCAGCUACCUGCAGAGAGAGUUGAGAAGAAGGAGGUGCCUCCUGAACACCAGGGUCUGAAGACCACACUUGAAGGGUUGGUGCAACGCUGCUCUGCUGUUGCCACUGAUCCAAAAACUCGAAGGAAGCUAGAGGAUGCAUUGCAGCGACUGGAGACCUUGUAUGACAAACUCCGUGAGCAGGCGCUCUCUCCAACUAUCCUCAUGGGUCUCCAUGAAAUUGCCCGCUGCAUUGAAGCUAAGAACUACCAACAGGGUCUCCUGGUUCACACUCAAGUGGUGAGCAGCAGCAGUUUCAGUGAGGUGUCUGGUUUCAUGCCCAUCCUGAAAGUCCUCAUGACCAUUGCUGGCAAGCUGAAUGUGUAACACGUGGAGCAGCUGGUACAGUGCUCAUACUGAGCUGGUGGACUCUCUCACCUGUUGAUGUGCUGCAGGUUGCAGACUCUCCUUCCAACUCUGGAGAAAUAAGUCUGUGGCCUGGAACUGUGCUAGGACAGCAUGCCUGGCCCUAUCUACUCUCCAGUCAGCCAGGAGUCUGGAUAUCCUGGAGACUGUUCUCUGUCUCUGCGUCCCUCUCUCUUUCACUCUAUUGCCCCACACUACCCUGGGCCACUUCCCAGCCCAAUGCUCUGUUUCAGGUGUCCAGGCAGCACAGAGAUUCCCCAAGGACUGCUCUGUGUUAGCCUCCUCUUCCCUGUUCCCCUAGCACAAAGGGGAAACCCCUUCCAGGUUGACACUGCUUUUGCAUAGGAGACAAACAGCUGACACCUCGGGCUCUGCUCCCUGCUGCCUCAGUGACAGCUGCCUCUUUUGGGACCUAAGCUGGGUUGCCACUGCUCCAUCAGGCUGCAGUCAGGAUCUCUCCUCUGGUUCCUACUUUAUCUUCAUUCUAGUCUUCAACUCAUCUCUUGCCCCUCUGCGCCUGUCCAUGCUACAACUAAGGCUACCUGCCAGCCUACUCUGGGCUAGCUUUGGUUCUCUCUUUCUUCUUCACACAGCCCUCUUUUCAUAGAAGAUAAACAGAAGACAGCUAUCCUCCACAUCCUCAAGUAUCCUUCCCCCCCCCCCCCCCCCAUAAGCUGAAGGCAUGGGCCUUUGCUUUAGACCCAGGGCUGAUUUUUUUCCCCCUUCCAGUUCCUGAGAUUCUCCCAUUCAGGAAUGCUGGCAGAUUGGGAUGCUGUGUAUGCUCCUCCCCAGAGCCAGCAGCAUUGUGUUUGGGCUAAAAGCUGUGCUGUCUGGCUGGCCUUUUUCACUUCCUUUAUGUUAACACAGUGGGUUUAUUGCCAACUGAUGUUGUCUAAAGGCUUCCUACCUUGGGAUUUCCAGGCAGUCUAAGGGCUUUAGAAGCAACAGAGAUUGUACAGGUCCUUUAAAGACCAGCCCAGAUUUGAGCAGAAGGAGAAGCCUCCUGACACAGCGGUAGUAGAAAUGUGCUGCAGUAGGUGGCAUUGUCAAAUCCCAAGGACACGGCUGUACUGACACUUCCCAUUACAGUGGCAUUUCCUCUGGGGUGAAAUAGGUGAAUGAAGCAUGCCUGUCCCGUGGAAGAAGUCUGGGAAAGCAGAUGGGAUUUUAGGGCACUUCUAUGUGUGUCUUUCCUUCUUUUCCUCCCUCCUUGCCUUCCUUUCUUUCAUGCUAACCAGGCAGUGCAGUCCUUGGAUCCUAGCUGGGAGCGGGGCUUCUUCUCAGUGUUUGGCUGCAGCCAGCCCCUGCUUCCUCUGCUUGCUGCUUGAGUGAUAAUGCCAUCGUAGGUCUGUGGUUCAGUGACUUACACGAAUCAGCCUGCUCUACCAUGAGACUUAGGAGGGAGGGGGAUCAGAGAAGGGAGGGAGAGGGUACAUCUCAUUCUCUCCUUUCCAGGUCAAAGUGCCUCCUUGUUGCUGCUUUGUUCUGUUUCUAUUACUGCAGUUUGAUGCACUGAGAGAUUACAGAACAGUGAAAUAAAAGCUGUGUUUUGUGAUGCUGCUAGCUUUUUUCAUA